AUGCUUGACAACCUUCCUUUAGAAAUUCAGGUCCGGUUGCUCAAGCUAUGUCCCACUUCCUCGUUGAAAUAUGUCAAUUCUCAUUUCUAUUUCCUAUAUAAUGAUCUAUACUACGAUAAACUCAUUAGAGUUUUUGGCGAAGAUGUCAUAGAUAUCAUUGCUAAGGUAUAUCCCUGGCUCCGGACAUACAUCAAGAUGCUCGAUGCUUUUCGUCAACGCUCGAGAGAGGUAAUAAGCACCAGAUUGAAACUUUAUGACUACAAGGGAAAAUCAGGAAUUCUGCCCUCUGAGAUCAUACAUGCCAUGUACGUCAAAGACUCAUGGAGAUAUGUCUAUUCGUUAUUCAAAAACAAACGCUUAUUUGCAGAAUACUCCGACUACAAAAUUGACGAGCCUACUAACUACGUUUUCAAUCAUUAUGUGGAAAUAAACCGCUCAUAUCUUCUUUCAUACAACAAAGCGGUUUGGUUGGCUCCUGGAACAUACAAUCUAAAUAUAGGCCUUGUGAUCAAAUCAGGCAGAGGUCUCGGAACGACCAAAUUUGAUCUUAAGUAUACGAAUGAAGAAGGAGAAGUUAUAACCCAAACUUUUUAUCCUCCGACAAAUAUUAACGAGAUCCUUCCCAAAAGGCAAUUCUGUUUUUUAAAAAUUGGUGAAUUUCAUGUGCGGGAGCCAAUGCAUUGUAAGGGAGACGAGGGCUUUUCUCGUCACGGCAAACUUCAAAAAUUGGAAUUGACAAUGGAAGAGAUUGGGCUUUAUCUUAAAUCUGGGUUCAGAAUUUUCUUCAUCGACAUAUCUCAACCGUCAAUGUUGUUCAAUGACUACGAUCUCCUUUAUUACAGCUGCCAGGAGACUAACUACAAGUAUUUCAUCAAUUUGCCUCUUAAGAACUUUUACAAAGCUUUAAAUCAUGUCCAAAAUGGAGCUCAUGAUGCCAUUGAGAAAAGAGACUACGGAACAGGCGAUCCGAAUGAUAUCAUCGAUCAAUUCGAUAAUAUCUUUCCCGAUGAUUUUCAAUCAACUAGUGAAGAGUCUUUUGAGGAAAACUUGAUGGGCUACGCCAAAUUUUACUUCCAUAAUAACUUCAAUCGUAGAUCUUACAAGUUCAAUACAAUAUAUCAAAGACGACAAUUUGUCAACAGAUUUGGAGACUAUGAGCUUGACGAUCGCGACAAUGAGGCACAAAAACCCCGUUGCUCCUACGAUGCUAGAGGGUUAAAAUGGAGAAUUCCUAUUCUAGGAGAGCUCUGA